AUGACCGACGCGGGGGUGGGCGGCCGCUCUGACCGGUGGAUGUGCCCCAGCGACAGGACCAUGUCUCUCCGUGCCAGGCUCCCCGCUGGCUGGGCGGCGCGGGGCGGCCAGCCCGACCGGCAGCGCAAGAGCGAGGAGCUGACGGACGAGGAGAAGGAAAUCAUCAACCGAGUCAUCGCCCGGGCCGAGAAGAUGGAGGAGAUGGAGCAGGAGCGCAUCGGGCGACUCAUGACCCGGCUGGAGGACAUGCGCCGGAGCGUGCUGGGGGACGGGGUGAACCGCUGCAUCCUCUGCGGGGAGCAGCUGGGGCCGCGGGGAUCUGCCUGUGUCGUCUGUGAGGACUGCAAGAAGAACGUCUGCACCAAGUGCGGGGUGGAGACCACCAACAGCCGGCCCCACGCCAUCUGGCUCUGCAAGAUCUGCAGCGAGCAGCGGGAGGUGUGGAAGCGCUCCGGUGCCUGGUUCUUCAAGGGUUUGCCCAAGCAA